AUGGCGGCCUCCGGCGAGGUAGUGAUCCGGGCGGCGUCGGUGGCGAGCGCCGAGGCGCAGUCGUGGUCGGCACGGCGAGGGGCGUCGUCAAGGGAGAGGGGACGGGGGCGCGAGGCAGAGGGCAGGGGCCGGCGAGGCGGCUCCGGGCGACGGCCACGGGGGGCGUGGACCCCGUUUGUCAUUGGCCCAGAGGCCAUAAAGGGCGCGGGCGACGGGUUACGGGCGCGCCCUGUUCGGGUGCACGCCCAGGGGCACGCGGGCAUGGGCGCUGGCGGCCACGGCGGGGCACGGCGCCGGCCAGGGAUGGGCGCAGGGGCGCAACCCGCCCAGUGCGGGGCAAGGUUGCCGGUGACAGGGGAGGCUGCCCAGGAGGGCGCAGCUGUGGUGGCAGGCGCCGGGCGCCGAGGCUGCGCGGGGGCAUGGCACAGCAGCAGGGCCACCGCGGGGCGGAAGCGGGGCGAACGCAGGGCACCGCAGCGGGGGUCGCGGGCAUGGCGAGCGCGGCCCCGGAGCGAGGCAGGGCGCGGGAGCGGCGUCGUAGCACGCGACGAGCGGCAACGGCGCGAGGCGGCAGCGAGGCCACGGCUGGGUAGCGCAGCCGCAGAUGCGAUGCGGGGCGACGGCGCAGGGCAGAGAGGGGAAGAGGGGGCUCACGGCGGGGUGCAGGGAUCGGGGCAAUGGUGCUCGUGGUGGGGGACGGGGAGGACGGCGUCGACGUAG